AGAGUGAUGGUCACCUCCUGAAAGGGGCGAACAAAAUUGCACUCCCUGAAAGCUCCCCUCCUUUUGUACCUCCCUCCCUCUCUCUCUCUCUCUCUCUGCAAAUCACCGAUUUGCUUCCGCUCCCAGAACACGGAAUCAGCUAGCAUGCGCCAUCAGCUCCUCUCCUCCUUCACCAUGGCCCCAGCCUCCACCGCCACGAUCUCAACCAUCGCCCACCACCACAAGAAAUCCAUCCACCACCUCUCAAACCCUAACCCUAGCUCCCCCAUCUCCACCACAACCUUUCAUUGCUCUGCCUUCCCUUGCAAGAACUCCCCUCUAGCCACCCUCGACAUCCUCAUCUUCAUCCUCGUCCUCUUCUCCGGCGCCUUCCUCGUCUCCUCCUACUUGUUCUACCUCUUUCAUACCCUCUCUCUCCUCCUUCCCCCGCUCUCCCACCCCGCCACCCACUGCUUCAUCCUCGCCUUCCUCUUCUUCUUCCUCCUCACUCUCGUCUUCCUCGAGAUGAAUUCGCGCUACAGGUCGCGCAAGUGCGAGAGGCCCAACUGCAAGGGGUUGAAGAUGGCGAUGGAAUUCGAUUUGCAGCUCCAGACGGAGGACUGCCUGCGAUCGCCAGCCUCCGCGGCGGCGGUCAGGGAGGUCGAUGAGUUGCCGUGGAAGGGAGGCAGCGAGGGGAAUCCCGAUUAUGAGUGCUUGCGGGCAGAGCUGAGGAAGAUUGCGCCGCCCAACGGCCGGGUGGUGCUCAUGUUCUUCGCCAGGUGCGGAUGCCCCGUUGCCAAGCUCGUGGGCUGGGGCCCUAAACGUGGUCGCCGGCAUAAGAAGGGUCAGGCUCUAAAUGGUGGAGAUAGUCGCUGAUCAAUCAUAAGACGAGGUCAUCAUAAUGGGGUUUUAAAACACAUACGUCUCUCCUUUUGACGCUCUGGAUGACAUUUGAAUACGUGGCUCUCAUGCAUAAAUGGUGGAGAUAGUUGCUGAUCAUCGGCCAUAAGAUGAUGCUGCCCAUUAUGCAUAUGUUGUUGCUACAUUUGUAUGUAUCUGGUUGGUGUCUCACCUGGAAAACUUUUAUGCUUAAUUAGGACAAUUCUUUUGGUCCUACAAAUAGCAUGCUAUAUUCUCCAACUUAUUGUACACGCAACAUUAUCCUUACAACUCCUCCCAUUUAUGCGAGGAGAGGAUAUACCAGACGAGAACUAAAUAAAUAAAUAUAGAGUUGGCAGCAUAAUGGAGUAAGUAUGAUGUUAGGUAGCAUGCCGAAUUUGGUGUACUGUGGACUGUAGGUAUGGUUUUAUUACUUGGAACUGCAUCAGAUUUCUUUGGUGUCAAAUUACAGUAUUAGAUAUUUCAGCCAUUACUUGUCUUUGGCUGGCAUGGUUCUUCAUAUUGUGCUUCUUUAGCUGGUGCUAUACCAAUUUGUCUUUGUAGAGUACAUUGUCAGGGUGACUUGACAGUGACAUUUUUUUCCCGAUAUGUAAUAAUUAGUGAGCUGCAUAAUUCUAUAA